CUUUCAUAAACGUCCCUUACUUAAAAUAAGUUGUCGCUGAACGAUAGAUAGCUACAGAUCAAAGGAUACUCUCUCUGAACCACUGGUCGCUGAUGGAAAUAUUCAGUCUGCAGGCAGAUCGAAGGAUACUCUCUCUGAACCACUGGUCGCUGAUGGAAAUAUUCAGUCUCCAGGCAGAUUGAAGGUUACUAAGAGGACUUUACUGCCCGACAAGGUAAUCUGAUAAUCCCAAUUAUUGGACGAUGUUCUUAGGUAUCACGUGCGUUAGUAUCUAGUACAUCAUUGCAGAAAUUGUAUAGAUCUGCGUAUUAUCACCAGGACAGGCAAGCUCGGCAAACUGGAAGGCCUGCCUGAUUCUCGGCAAUCUGGGGAAUUAAUUCUCUAGGGUGGUUAUCACUUGGAAUUGAAUGGAAAUGACAAUGAUUUUACUUUUAGUCGAAUAUGACAAUUAGUUCUGACCGAUCAUCUGAACACGAUGCCAAAUGAUUCAGGGAAUAUUCAGCAGACUCGCCUCAGACAUGAUUUUACUGGAGCCCGAUCUAGGGAGACAAUUCGUUAUUUCCCUCAUAAAAUGUACAAUACUCUGUGGGAGAAAACCGGCCUGUUCAACCUUCAUCGCUUACCGGAAUGACGGUGAGUUAUGUUGUCAGUUGAGCAUGAAGAAGGGGACGUGUAUGGAGGAGGAGGAGGCAUUGGCGUUUGAAGGGAGUCACGGUUACCAAAAGAAGCCUCUGAAUUUUGUUUCAGCGGUGUUGAUCGAACCAAUCACAAGGGAUAAGUGAAUUUACGUGAGACUUCCUUUCGGUCGAUUGUGCAUACGUGGAUAUCGAAUUUUUUUAAUUUUUAUGUUUGUUUAAGGGCCUGAAUGGUAAUCAGCAAGAGCUGCCAUGAGCCCUUUAGAAGAAACUGCAACCAAAUAUUUUCGGAAGUAAACAUCGCAUUGGAAGCAGUACGGUUCUCAUCUUGAGAUCAAGACUUUCAUAUUCUAGUGGGCAUCCAAUUAUUGAGCUAACUGUGUCCAGAUUUAAAGGUUUUUCGUGAGAAACAUCUGUUCCUUUGGAAAAAUCUUUCAAUUACACAAUGGGGGCCGAGGAUAAUUCUAAAGACAUGGAAAUGGCUGAUUCGACGGACUAUCUUGCGCCAAGCAUACAGAGUGAUAACCGGUCUCGCGAUGAAGGGGACCCUCUGGACUCGGUUGAUAUCGUCAGCCACAAGAGCCUGACCGUUCCCAGUGCCGUCGUGUUCAUCAUUGGGGGCAUGGCCGGCAGUGACAUGUCGUUCGUUUAGCGGCGGAAAUGAUUCAGGAACUACUCGCUGACGUCGGUGUACACGUGUCGUUCUGCUAUUGGAUGAUCAUCACCGUGGCUGUUCUCACGCCUCCCACUUGGCUUGAGAGUCCAAAGGAUAUGUGGCACAUCGCAAUCGCAGCCUUGGCAUCUAUCGCAAUCGCCUGCGUCUGCAUAGUCGCCAAAAUCAUUAUGGCGAGGGACUUGAUCGAGGCGUACCACAACCCUGUCGAGAUUAAGCCUGCCCUGAUGUCGCUUGGGACCAGAUUCUUCGCCUACGAAAACCACCCUGUCCUGUUGUCAAUACAACACGACAUGAAGGAACAGGACAAGUUCUCCAAAUCCGUAUACAUCGCUUACACAUUGGUUCUUUGUAUGUAUUUACCAGUCGCCGUGGCGGGGUAAUUUGUCUUGGGCAUCGGGGUAGACGACAACGUUAUAGCCUCCCUGUGCAAGGUUGCCAAUGGACCACUUCUCUACGUCGCACAGAUUCUUCUAUCCUUGCACCUACUCUUUGAGUUCGUUAUCGUCAUCAACCCAGUGCUACAGGAAAUCGAAGGAGCACUGAAGGUACCACAGAAAAUUGGCAUCAAGAGAAUCGUAAUACGAACACUCUUUACGUGUGCGAUCUUGUUCGUGGCCGAGACCAUCCCAAAGUUUGGUAACCUGCUGAGUCUGGUUGGAGGAACCACCACUGCCCUCCUGUCCUUCUUCUUCCCCGUUUUCUUCUAGGGGGUUUAAGUUCAGCCCACAAAAACUGAGAUUUUAGAAAUAUUUGGUAUGUCGAGUAAAACCCAUUUUAUCUGAUUUGAUUAACACCCUGUACAUCUCCAGUGUAUCCCUUAUGUAUACAUUGUUUAGGGGUGCAAAAUCACAAUGUAUGCUAGCAACAAAAGAAAAUGGAUUAUUGAUCACAGUACUAUUGCUACUUAGCAUUGUCGAUGUUAUCGAUUGAAUCAUGAUUUCACUUUUACCGAUAAUAGUUUCCGGCGACUAAAAUCGAUCGUCGAGCCAGUUUUAUUGUUAAACUUUGAAUGGAAGUGCUAUCGACGUCUGAUGCUUAAACUCGGGCUGCUAUCAUGUCAGAUAGUUCUUCCAUAAACGUGCCUUACUUGAAAUAAAUUGUCGCUGAACGAUAGAUAGCUAGUAAGUUUAACAAACUUGUUUUUGUCAUAAAUGGUGCGACUUGCUACCUUUUCCAUUUGACCGACGCUAGGGAUGUGGUCGCAAUAGACGUCCCUUAUUUGUAAUCAGGUGUCGCUGAUAGAAAUAUUCACUCUCCAAGCAGAUCAAAGGAUACUCUCUCAAAACCACUGGUCGCUGAUGGAAAUAUUCAGUCUCCAGGCGGAUCGAAGGAUACUCUCUCUGAACCACUGGUCGCUGAUGGAAAUAUUCAGUCUCCAGGCAUAUUGAAGGUUACUAAGAGGACCUUGCUGCCCGACAAGCUGAUCUGAUAAUCCCGAUUAUUGGACGAUGUUCUCAGGUAUCACGUAUAUUAGUAUCUAGUACAUCAUUGCAGAAGUUGUACAGAUCUGCGUAUUAUCACCAGGACAGGCGAGCUCGGCAAACUGGAAGGCCUGCCUGAUUCUCGGCAAUCUGGGGAAUUGAUUCUCUAGGGUGGUUAUCACUUGGAAUUGAAUGGAAAUGACAAUGAUUUUACUUUUAGUCGAAUAUGACAAUUAGUUCUAACCGAUCAUCUGAACACGAUGCCAAAUGAUUCAGGGAAUAUUCAGCAGACUCGCCUCAGACAUGAUUUUGCUAGAGCCCGAUCUAGGGAGACAAUUCGUUAUUUCCCUCAUAAAAUGUACGAUACUCUGUGGGAGAAAACCGGCCUGUUCAACCUUCAUCGCUUACCGGAAUGACGGCGAGUUAUGUUGUCAGUUUAGCAUGAAGAAGGGGACGUGCAUUGAGAAGGAGGAGGCAUUGGCGUUUGAAGGGAGUCACGGUUACCAAAAGAAGCCUCUGAAUUUUGUUUCAGCGGUGUUGAUCGAACCAAUCACAAGGGAUAAGUGAAUUUACGUGAGACUUCCGGUCGAUUGUGCAUACGUGGAUAUCGAAUUUUUUUACUUUUUAUGUUUGUUUAAGGGCCUGAAUGGCAAUCAGCAAGAGCUGCCAUGAGCCCUUUAGAAGAAACUGCCGAAGACCUGCAACAAACAGCCGAUUUUGUCUCGGCGCACGACUUGAGGUUAUAAUGGUUAUGAAAAUCUGAACGCAGAAGAAGAAGAAGGAACUGCAACCAAAUAUUUUCGGCAGUAAAAAUCGCAUUGGAAACAGUACGGUUCUCAUCUUGAGAUCAAGACUUCAACUUUGCUUCUUUCAUAUUCUAGUGGGACAUCCAAUUAUUGAGCUAACUGUGUCCAGAUUUAAAGGUUUUUCGUGAGAAACAUCUAUUCCUUUGGAAAAAUCUUUCAAUUACACAAUGGGGGCCGAGGAUAAUUCUAAAGACACGGAAAUGGCUGGUUCGACGGACUAUCUUGCGCCAAGCAUACAGAGUGAUAACCGGUCUCGCGAUGAAGGGGACCCUCUGGACUCGGUUGAUAUCGUCAGCCACAAGAGCCUGACCGUUCCCGGUGCCGUCGUGUUCAUCAUUGGGGGCAUGGCCGGCAGCGGCAUCCUGGCACUUCCUAAAGCGGUUGAUAACUUAGGCUGGGUUGGUAUUGUCAUGGUCGGCAUCUGUAGCUUCUUGGCCGCCUACACUGGCUCCAUCCUCGGGAAGUGCUGGCUCAUGCUGAGAGAACUGUAUCCAGAGUACAGAGUUGGUCGGACAGGUUAUCCAUACCCUGCAGUCGGGUUCAGAUCGUACAACAAAGUCGGAAGAUAUGCUGUAUCUUUGUGCAUCGACUUCACCCAGUUCGGAGUGGGGGUGGUGUUCGUUCUUUUAGCGGCGGAAAUCAUUCAGGAACUACUCGCUGACGUCGGUGUACACGUGUCGUUCUGCUAUUGGAUGAUCAUCAUCGUGGCUGUUCUCACGCCUCCAACUUGGCUUGAGAGUCCAAAGGACAUGUGGCACAUCGCAAUCGCAGCCUUGGCAUCUACCGCAAUCGCCUGCAUCUGCAUAGUCGCCAAAAUCAUUAUGGCGAGGGACUUGAUCGAGGUGUACCACAACCCUGUCGAGAUUAAACCUGCCCUGAUGUCGCUGGGGACCAUAUUCUUCGCCUACGGAAACCACCCUGUCCUGUUGUCCAUACAACACGACAUGAAGGAACAGGACAAGUUCUCCAAAUCCGUAUACAUCGCUUACACAUUGGUUCUUUGUAUGUAUUUACCAGUCGCCGUGGCGGGGUACGUAGUCUUGGGCAGCGGGGUAGACGACAACGUUAUAGCCUCCCUGUACAAGGUUGCCAAUGGACCACUUCUCUACGUCGCACAGAUUCUUCUAACUUUGCACCUACUCUUUGAAUUCGUUAUCGUCAUCAACCCAGUGCUACAGGAAAUUGAAGGAGCACUGAAAGUACCACAAAUGGUUCUUUGUAUGUAUUUACCAGUCACCGUGACGGGGUACGUAGUCUUGGGCAUCGGGGUAGACGACAACGUUAUAGCCUCCCUGUACAAGGUUGCCAAUGGACCACUUCUCUACGUCGCACAGAUUCUUCUAUCCUUGCACCUACUCUUUGAGUUCGUUAUCGUCAUCAACCCAGUGCUACAGGAAAUCGAAGGAGCACUGAAAGUACCACAGAAAAUUGGCAUCAAGAGAAUCGUAAUACGAACACUCUUUACGUGUGCGAUCUUGUUCGAGGCCGAGACCAUCCCAAAGUUUGGUAACCUGCUGAGUCUGGUUGGAGGAACCACCACUGCCCUCCUGUCCUUAAUCUUCCCCGUUUUCUUCUAGGGGAUUUAAGUUCAGCCCACAAAAACUGAGAUUUUAGAAAUACUUGGUAUGUUCGAGUAAAACCCAUUUUAACUGAUUAUUCAUCACAGUACUAUUGCUACUGAGCAUUGUCGAUGUUAUCGAUUGAAUCAUGAUUUCACGUUUUACCGAUAAUAGUUUCCGGCGACUAAAAUCGGUCGUCGAGCCAGUUUUAUUGUUAAACUUUGAAUGGAAGUGCUAUCGACGUCUGAUGCUCAAACUCAGGCUGCUAUCAUGUCAGAUAGUUCUUUCAUAAACGUCCCUUACUUGAAAUAAGUUGUCGCUGAACGAUAGCUAGUAAGUUUAACAAACUUAAUGUUGUCAUAAAUGGUGCGACUUGCUACCUUUUCCAUUUGACCGACGCAAGGGAUGUGGUCGCAAUAGACGUCCCUUAUUUGUAAUCAGGUGUCGCUGAUAGAAAUAUUCACUCUCAAAGCAGAUCAAAGGAUACUCUCUCUGAACCACUGGUCGCUGAUGGAAAUAUUCAGUCUGCAGGCAGAUCGAAGGAUACUCUCUCUGAGCCACUGCUCGCUGAUGGAAAUAUUCAGUCUCCAGGCAUAUUGAAGGUUACUAAGAGGACCUUGCUGCCCGGCAAGGUAAUCUGAUAAUCCCAAUUAUUGGACGAUGUUCUUAGGUAUCACGUGCAUUAGUAUCUAGUACAUCUUUGCAGAAAUUGUACAGAUCUGCGUAUUAUCACCAGGACAGGCGAGCUCGGCAAACUGGAAGGCCUGCCUGAUUCUCGGCAAUCUGGGGAAUUGAUUCUCUAGGGUGGUUAUCACUUGGAAUUGAAUGGAAAUGACAAUGAUUUUACUUUUAGUCGAAUAUGACGAUUAGUUCUAACCGAUCAUCUGAACACGAUGCCAAAUGAUGCAGGGAAUAUUCAGCAGACUCGCCUCAGACAUGAUUUUGCUAGAGCCCGAUCUAGGGAGACAAUUCGUUAUUUCCCUCAUAAAAUGUACGAUACUCUGUGGGAGAAAACCGGCCUGUUCAACCUUCAUCGCUUACCGAAAUGACGGUGACUUAUGUUGUCAGUUGAGCAUGAAGAAGGGGACGUGCAUGAGGAAGGAGGAGGCAUUGGCGUUUGAAGGGAGUCACGGUUACCAAAAGAAGGUAAAGUUCAAGAAUCAUGAAGCAAAAAUACCCCCUCAAAUCUUCGACUAAAAUUUAAACUUCAGUCUUUAUUGAGUUCCAACUUUGUAAAAUGUACACAAGUAAUAAUACAAUAAAGCACAAUCAAAGAACUUAUUUGGUCCAGGCAUUUUGGUUAGAUAUAUGAGUUACACGAACAGCGGCAUGCAACACCGGAGGGCUUCAGACCCCUAUACCAAGGGGUUUGGGGUUCCGUCGAAAAGUGCACGAGAGACCAGUGUGGCAAUGCCAUGCUAUAUAUGCGCAUAUUGGUGUGUGUUUUUUCUUGGAGACCCAACUUCAAUAAUACGCAUGUUUAUUGUGGGCAGGUGCAGGCCAAUCCGUACAAUUACGUCCAACGUUAUUGGUGAAGAUUUUAACAAGGGUCAGUAUCAUCUGUGCACUGCACCGAAGUCGGCCACAUUCUUCCUCAAGCUCACCCUAUCCUGGGCUAGGUACUCGAUAUGGUAUUGCUACAGCAAUCUGUCCCCGUCUCUCAGUAUUGAUCGGGUGCCUUUCUGGUCGGACAUUUGCUGGGGACGCGGGCAUCUCCACUCAAUGCGUCGGUUCAACGUUUGGCAUUCGUUGUACGUGGAUUGUCACACGUACCGUGGCUGGGAAAGGACACGAUGUACUGUAAGGGGGUAAAUUGUAUUGUCUGGUUGAAAUAUAUAAAAAAAAACGAAAAAUAAGUCAUUCAAAAAGUGAAUCGAUAUUGUACUAUUCAAUACAAUGCAUUAUUAACUGACACACAGGGUACAAGGUUCUUGAAAUACAGAUUCAAAUAUGCUGCGCAUCUUAUACCCAACGUGCGCCUCCAUA